UUAAGAAGAAGCUUCUCGAAUAGAAUAUUAUAAAGGCGUGUUUCUUCCCGGUUUCAGAGAGAGGAAGAGUCAAGAAGAUAGAGCUUUAAAUUCCCUUUUGUUGUCUGUCAAAGAGAGGGUUGUUCUGUGCAAAUCAUUGUUCCUUUCUUCUCAGUAAACUGAAAUGAGGGGCAGAAGCUACAGCUACAGUCCUUCACCACCAAGGGGUUACAGCCGAAGACGUCGUAGCCCCAGCCCCAGGGGUUGCUAUGGUGGUCGUGGUAGAGAUCUUCCUACAAGUCUUUUAGUUCGCAACCUUCGUCAUGACUGCAGGUCUGAAGAUCUACGAGGGCCAUUUGGCCAGUUUGGUCCUCUCAAGGACGUUUACUUGCCUCGAGAUUAUCACACUGGGGAGCCGCGUGGCUUUGGGUUUGUACAGUUUGUAGACCCAGCUGAUGCAGCAGAUGCCAAAUAUCAUAUGGAUGGUCAAAUUCUUCUUGGUCGUGAAUUGACUGUUGUAUUUGCUGAGGAGAACAGAAAGAGGCCUGCAGAAAUGAGGGCCAGAGAACGUUAUAGGGGUCAGUCAUAUGAACGCAGGCGGUCUCCCCUUCGCUAUUCUCGAUCACCACGCUAUGCACGUACUUUUUCUCGCAGUCCUGAUUAUUAUUCCCCUUCCCCAAGACGGAGGCAUUACUCAAGGUCGAUUUCGCCUAGAGACGGGAGGUACAGGGAGAAAUCAUACUCGAGGUCACCUUAUGUGUCAACGAGCCGUAGCCGUAGCCGUAGCCGCUGCUUUAGUAGGAGCCGCAGUCGAAGUCAGGAUUACUCUGGUUGACUCAUGACUGGUUAAUAGAGGAGUUUCCAGAGCUUAGUAUUUUAUCAAAAGUAGGAAGCAGCUUGUGUGUUGGAAGUUUUAACUUCGAGUACGUGCUUUGAUGCACUAGUAAUGUUCAUCUCAGGAGUUUCUAAAGAAGAUCGACUUUCUAGGCUGGUGUGGACUAUAUAGCCGUCUUGCCGUACCGAUUAUUGUUGUUUUAUUAUUCCUCAGUUAUGAGUAGUUGAACGUCUUGCUA